ACAGGAGUGUGCCGCCAUCUAUUUUGAUGGAACCUGGCAUGAUUUCUACUGCAAAGACUUAAGAUAUUUCAUUUGUUACAACGGAAGUACAAACGCAACAGAGAAAAUGGUUUUGAUCAAGACCCAAAAGACAUGGACUGAGGCUCAGGAGUACUGCAGACAUCAUUAUACAGACCUGGCUACCAUUAGGAGUCAAGAGGACAAUGACCAGAUUAUGAAGUUGCUAAAUGUCUGGAUGGUUCCGGUCUGGAUCGGAUUGUACAGAGAGACUUGGAAGUGGUCAGAUCAGACCAAUAUCACUUCCUCAUCCAAACUCACUACUCAGACAUUUACUAAGUGGAAUGAAGACUGUGCUGGUGCAGAUAAUUAUUAUCGUGUAUUUGAUGACAGAUAUUGCACAAAUAUGUAUUACUUCUACUGCAACACUGUCAAGAGGAACAGGCAGGUGAUCCGAGUGCAGGUGAAAGCUGCUGAGAAUGCUAAUGAGGAAAGAUUGAAGGAGCUCAUCUUAAACAAGUUAAAGCAGACGCUGAGCGAUGAAGACGUCACACUGACAUGGAGGACGCAACCCAACGGGAAAGUCUUCCAGAAGAACAGGACUGUACCGAAACGUAGUGAAGUGAACACUACUCUUGAUUGUUCUUCUUUGUAGUAAAAUUUAUCUAAAAUUAAUGCAAAUCAUUCUAAGUUACAGAUAUCUGAAUUAUUACAUUGACAAUGUAUAGUAAUUAAAAAAAAAAUAGUUACAUCUAUUCAUUGUGUAUUUAUUCACCUAGUUGGCAGAUAUGUACGCCUAAAUAUGAGCCAACAAAUGUUAGAAUGUUUUAGCAUUGUAGUUUUACU